UAAUUAAUUAAUAUAAGCUACUAAAUUAAUUAAGUGUUUAGUGUGCCUAAUCUAAAGUCUUCCGUAAUUGAUAAAUAAAUAUAUUUACACGAUUUAUACGAUCAAAUUAAUUGUAAGCGUUGAAGAAAAUUAUUAAGGAUCAAGCAAUAAUUGACAAGAAUAACAUCCGGUUGAGAAACAGGAAGGAUUUAUAAGGGAACAAUUUUAUCCAGAUUAUAAUUGGUAUAUUUUAUUACAAUGUCUGAUUUAUCAAUGACUAUGUCACUAGCGCCGAAAAUGCCACGAGGACGCGGUCCUGUCGAUGGACGUGCCUUUUUCGAACGUCUCUGGCGUGGAAAUUUUUUUCUAGACCGGCAAAAAGCGUUCAAACGCACUCGUAAAAGAAAAUUACAAACAGCCAAUGGGAAAAAGAGGAUUCAGCAGCAAUUGCAAGCUAAGCAACAACAUUGUUGCUGCUGUCAGAGAAUUCAAUUUCAUUUACUUGCUGGUCGGCGCAAUAGUAUGAGAUCUGUUGUUAGUGUACGAGAGACACAUCAAGUAGCAGAAGCGCAGCAAGAAAAAAAUGCUAAACUCCGUGAAGCAUUUGGAAUCUCCGAGUUCUUCGUGGAAGGCAGCAGCUUAGACCCAGAACGUCGAACCCGCGAAGCAGAAGCUCGGGCCGCUGCCAGCAAGUACGAGCUGGUGCACAGCCCCAGCCCGGUGGCAGAAGAUCCGGAGCCAGUCGCUGAGAAAAAAGUAAAACGCAAAAGGUCCAGCAGCAGCAACAAGAAGAAGAAGGGGAAGAAACACAAGAAGGACAGAUCCGAGUCACCGAAAGAAAAAUCUAAGAAGAAAGACAAGUCUAAGAAAAAAAAGAAAGACAAAAAACAUAAAAAAGUUGAAGUCAGUUCUUCUGAUAGUGACUCCAGCGAUGAUUCUGAUGAUAGCAGUUCUUCAGAAGCAGAGUCUAAAAAGAAGAAAAAAAAGAAAAAGAAGAAAUCUAAAAGCGAUGGAAAAAGUAAAGAGAAGAAAAAGUCUGCCUCGAAACGUAAACGUCAAUCAUCUGAGAGUUCUUCUGACUCGUCUCCCGAGCGUCCAACAAAAAAAUCAAAGAAGCAGCAAGAAAAAACCCCCGAAAAACUUCCUAUGAUCGACCCACUACCCCGGGAGAGACAACCCCGUUCACCAAAGCGUCAAGAUCGUCUUCGAGGCGAAACCCCGCCUCCAAGACCGCGAGACUCACCAAUACGCCUCGCAGAGAAUAAAAAAGACCGCGACAAAUCCCCGGAAAAAAAAGAACGAACCCCCGCAUUAACCUUACCCUCAAAGCGUCACGAGCGUCGUUCUAUCUCUCGAAGUCGGGAGGUACCACGAGUCCCAGACCUAUCUCGACCCCGAAGAUACUCCCGGCCCCGAAGAAGCCCCUCACCGCGCCGGAGGCGCAUCUCCCGGUCCCCUAGACGAACCAGCCGCUACUCGAGAUCUCGAAGCCAGAGCAGGCCUCGGUACGACCGAUACCGCGGCGGAGUUUCUCGACGCAGACCUUCACCCUUCCGACGACGCAGAUCUCGCUCUAGAAGACGUUCUCCUCGUCGAGAUCGCCGCCGGCGAUCUCCUAGCAGGUCUAGGAGCCGCUCUUCUACCAGUUACUCUCCAGUUCGCAAGAAUAUUACAGCUGACCGGUUCAAACCUUCCCAGGAUGACAAAAAGAAGCCCUUAAAGUCUAGAUCAUUGUCUAAAACCAGGAAAUUAAAGCCUGUUGCUCCAAGAGUCAGCUUGAGGUCUUCCAGCGAAGACGAGGCUGAUGUUGAUGUUGAUGAAGAACAACAACAACAACAACAACAACAACAACAACCUAAGCUUGAUGAUGUUAAUGAAGAAAAAUUGAAGGAAUUUAAUACCUUGAAGCGUCUCCAGUCCGGAUUAGCUGCUAAAGCUCGAGAAUCUUUGGGGAAAAAAUUAAGUCCUAAAGUUAAGGAGAAAAAAGAAGAAAGUGUUUUAGAUAUUGCUUUGCCUGCUGAUCCUCCGAAGACUAUAUUGACUAUGUCAACUGUCCAGCCGAUUGUCUUCAGGGAUAAUAAAUCUAAAUCAAAGUCUAAAUCACCAAUUCAAUUAAAUAUCACCAGGUCUGUUGAAUCAAGCCGGUCUCCAUCUCCAGCUUUGCUUUUAACUCGCGCUGAAGCUGAAGCAGCUGCCGCUGCUUCUAAUUCUACUUCUUUGGCUACUGGAGUCUCCAAAAAUGCUUCUAAUGUCCCGACAAUUAUUUCAAAUACUAUUUCUCCGAUAAAAAUUCACAUGAAAAUAGCAACACCUCCAGCUAUGCUGCUCCAGGAUCGAGAUAUUAAACUUAGAUCGCCAUCAGAAUCCCCGCCGUUGAAUAAAAUAAAUAAAAUGAAUAAAAUACUCAGGUCAAGGUCUCCAAGGUCUCCAAGAUCUCCAAGCACGCCGAAAAAGUCUCCAAGCUUGAAUAAGAAGUCUUACUCUAGAUCUCCGACUCGCUCAUCUUCUAGGUCGGUUUCUAGAGAUGAAAAAGAAGAGUCCAGGUCGCCGAGACGGAGGUCAGUGUCUGGGACUAGGUCCAAGUCUAGAGAACGUAAAGAGAGGACUAGGUCCAAGUCUAGAGAACGUAAAGAGAGAACUAGGUCCAAGUCUAGAGAACGUAAAGAGAGAACUAGGUCCAAGUCUAGAGAACGUAAAGAGAGAACUAGGUCCAAGUCUAGAGAGCGUAAGGAUAGGACUAGGUCCAAGUCGAGGGAAAGGAAGGAUAGGACUAGGUCCAAGUCGAGGGAAAGGAAAGAGAGAACUAGGUCCAAGUCUAGGGAUAAAAAGUCACUUUCUCCGGUCAAGAGGUCCAGGUCGACUUCCAGGAAUAAGUUGUCACCGGCCUCGGCUAGGUCUAAGAAUUCGAGGGGGUCCAGAUCUUCGUCUGGGUCGAAGCAUUCUGGGUCGAGAUCUAGGUCCAGGUCUAAGAAGACUAACUCGAGGUCGCCAAAGAAAGUUAGGUCCAGGAGCAGGACCAGGUCGGAGUCACACAGGUCCAGGAGUCGGUCGAUGUCUAAGAAAUCGCGCAGCAGGUCCAGGUCGGGGUCUAGGGAUAUUCCUAAGAGGAGUCGCAGUCGGAGCAGUUCUCGUUCUUCUCAAAGCUCAACAAGACGCAGCAGAAGAAGUUUUUCAAGUUCUUCACGAUCAUCUAACAGUGCGUCUAGUAGAUCAUCACGUAGUUCAAGCGGCAGCUCCAGCUCAAGUCGUUCACGUUCACCAUCAAUACCCCGACGCCGAGGUUCACCGAGUUUUCUCGAUCGUCGCCGAAUCACCAGUGCUAGAAAGCGACCGAUACCAUAUCACCGGCCAACACCUUCGCCGCAGUCUUCGCCGAGCAGCAGCGAGAGCAGCAGACACAGCGACUGGUCGAGUCCCAGCAGAAGAUCUAGUCAUUCACCCACACGGAGUCCUUCUUACUCUCGUUAAAAUAAUUAAAAUAAUUAAAUAAAAUUGUAAAUGUUAAUUUGUCGUUGCAUAGCUCAAAAAUACGAACUUUAAAAUAGUUUAAUUAAAUUAUAAAUGCAAUCGACUCUAGUCAGAUUAAAAUUUUAAUUAUUAAAUUAAUUGAUAUUGCAAAGCGACCAAUUAAAUUAUUGUGAUUCGAAAAAUAUUUUAGUGCAAUGUUAUAAUCACCUGUUUCAUCAUAUGUAAAUAGAUUAUUUAUACGCUCGAUUAAUCAUAGUAUAAAAUAUGAUCUCAGUCAUUCCAAAGUGUGUGAUUAUAAUUAAAUAAUUAAUAUUUAUUAAGCGUGAUAAUUAGUUUUUUU